AUGCGUAGGGUCGCCAUCUCGCGGACUGCGAGGAUAUCGCUCCUUCUCUUCGUUGACGUAAUGUUCUUCCUCGCCGAGCUCAUCGUCGGCUAUAUCGUCGGCUCGCUCGCCCUCGUUGCAGACAGCUUUCAUAUGCUUAAUGAUAUCCUAAGUUUGGUCGUAGCCCUCUACGCGAUAAAGCUUUCCAAGCGAAAGGUCGACGAGACCGACACUAAAUACUCGUAUGGCUUUCACCGAGCUGAAAUUGUUGCUGCUCUCAUCAAUGGAGUGUUCCUACUGGCACUUUGCUUCUCAAUCUUCAUGGAAGCAAUUCAACGUUUCUUCGAUACUCCAAAGGUAUCGAAUCCAAGCCUCGUCGUAAUUGUCGGUUCCCUUGGCUUGGCUUCCAACAUUCUCGGUCUCUUCUUAUUCCACGAACACAGUCACUCGCAUGGACAUAAAAAUCACUCUAAGGAAACAACUACUCUAAGUGAGGAACUAGGACAAUCGGAAUUCACCAGUGCCCUUUCAAGCGGAAGCGUCAGUCCCACGUUCGACGAUGAAAGGGGUCGAAGUGAGGGUCGUUCUGACCCCGAUUCGUUGUAUGGACAUCCAGCCGCGACUCGCGUUCGUAUUGUCCAUAAGGCACAGGAACUACGGAGAGCUCGAUCAGUCUCCGUCAGCAGUAGUCGAGAGGGAUCGCCCACUGCGCAACGACGGGUACGAACUCACACUGGUUUUAUGCAUGUUGACGAGCCAGAAAAUGAUACUGUUGAGCGAGAUUUUUCCGAAACAACGCCUCUACCGAAGGGUCCAAACGGCAAGGAGAUCCCGUCACCUACUUCCCAUCACAGCCACACACAUCCUUCGCCUAGCUCUCAAGGAGCAAAGCGCUCAGGCGGUCACUCACACGGAUCCAUGAACAUGCAUGCUAUUCUUCUACAUGUGUUAGGCGACGCUUUGGGAAACGUCGGUGUAAUUGCCUCAGGUCUGAUCAUCUGGUUAUCCAAUUUGAGCUGGAAGUAUUAUUGGGAUCCCAUUGUUUCUCUGGUAAUUACCUGCAUCAUAUUUUCUUCCGCUUUGCCACUAGUUAAAAGCGCGUCUUUCAUUCUUCUUCAGGGUGUCCCGUCGGGAAUUUCCUUGCGAGAGGUAGAUGAAGCGAUCAGGGGCGUCGACGGCGUGCAAGACGUGCACGAACUCCAUAUCUGGCAGCUUUCUGAGUCAAAUGUGGUUGCGUCUGUACAUGUCCUCGCUUCCCGCAAACGCGAUUUUAUGCAAGUUGCGGCUGACAUUCGCAAGGCGUUGCACGAUCGAGGUAUCUAUUCAAGUACAAUCCAGCCUGAGUAUCAUUCGUCGCGUCAACUUCAAUCGGCCGGGACUUCUUCUCCGCCCUUACCUCCUCCUGGAACAUGCUGUCUCGUCACUUGUUCGCCUAAUCAGAAAGAUUGUGAUCCGUUAGAGCAUUCAUGUUGUCCUCCACCAGCGCCAAAAGCCUAA